UUUCAGUAGAGUCUGUCCCCCGGGCUCCCAGUUCCUCCAGCGCCAAACUCUGCUGCUCUGCACUUCUCUGCUCCAUUCCGCUUUUUUUCACCACUAAACCAGCUCAGACAUUUUAAUAGGGAACUUUUUAUUUGACUUUUCUGUCAGGAACCAGCCAUCCCAUCAUUUUUAUCCUCCCUCCGGCUGACCCGGCAUUGGAUUGUUUUUUUUUUUUUUGUUUGUUUGUUUGUUUUUUGCAGUUUCUAAAACUUUUAUUUUUUGCUGCCAACUACAUGUGGAUUCUGAAAUUACCUGAACCAAAGUGACUCCUCUGGGUGAAAACCUAAAUCACCGGGAUGCGGCUGAUCUUAAACUGAGCUCAGUCAAAGAAGCAUCCUCUCUUUUCUCUUUGUUGCAUCUCUGCCUCUACGUUUUUUUUUGACUCUGGGAUGUAAAAAACCCACUUCUCUUUAUCCACUAAGGAAUUACGUUGUGUUUUUCCACCGAGGAGAAAUUAUGGCGAGAUUUUUGUUGAACAAGAGUCUUGUUCUGGUUUUGUUUGGAUUAUUUUUGCUCUCUCCUCCAUCCGCAAGAGCCGAGCCGGAGCUUCAGGACGAAGAGGAGGAGGAGAGUUCCUGUCAGGGCGCUUUUGAUCUCUAUUUUGUGCUUGAUAAAUCUGGCAGUGUGAAGGAUCACUGGGAUGAAAUCUACUACUUUGUGGAGAAUUUAGCCGAGAAAUUCAAAAGUCCCAUGCUGAGGAUGUCCUUCAUAACGUUCUCCUCCAGAUCAUCCACCAUCAUGAAACUGACAGAAAACAGAGUGAACAUCAGAAAAGGUCUGAACGCUCUGAAAAGAGAGAUCCCAGGUGGAGACACGUUUAUGCACCUUGGAUUGCAGAGUGCUAAUGAACAGAUACGCAAGGAGAACUUUGGCACAGCCAGCGUGAUCAUUGCACUGACAGAUGGAGAGCUGCAGGAGCAUCAGCUAGUCAAUGCACAGCAACAGGCAGAGGAAGCCAGAUCUCUUGGAGCUAUUGUGUACUGUGUUGGUGUCAAAGACUUCAAUGAGACACAGCUGGCCACCAUUGCAGACACCAUUGAGCACGUGUUUCCUGUGUUGGGAGGCUUCCAUGCCCUCCGGGGUGUCAUUGAUUCGAUCAUCAAGAAAUCCUGCAUUGAAAUUUUGGCAGCCGAGCCCUCCAGUGUGUGUGCAGGAGAGUCUUUUCAAGUGGUUGUGAGAGGGAAUGGAUUUCUCCAUGCAAGAAACAUCAACCAGGUGCUUUGCAGCUUCAAAGUCAAUGACACCGUUACAGUCAAUGUAAAGCCAGCAGAUGUACACAACACAUUUCUACUGUGUCCAGCUCCUGUCAUUGAUGAAGUUGGGAAGGUGAUUUAUCUCCAAGUGAGCAUGAAUGACGGUUUGUCCUUCAUCAGCAGCAAUGUUCACAUCACCACCACAGAGUGUUUCGAUGGUACCAUCCUCCUGAUCACCCUGCUGGUGUUAUUCCUCCUGCUGGCCCUUCUCUUCAUGUGGUGGUUCUGGCCUCUCUGCUGCACCGUGGUGAUCAAAGAGCCACCUCCCCCACCUCCUCCUGAGCCUGAGUCAGAUGAUGAAGACGGCCUGCCCAAGAAGAAGUGGCCCACUGUGGAUGCCUCAUAUUACGGAGGACGAGGAAUCGGAGGGAUCAAAAGGAUGGAGGUGCGUUGGGGAGGGAAGGGCUCGACUGAAGAGGGGGCAAAGCUGGAGAAGCCCAAGAACGCUGUGGUGAAAAUGCCUGAGCAGGAGUACGAACCCUUCGAGCCCAAACCUAAGAAACCUCAGAACAAGAAGCCGCCUCAGAGCCGGAAGUGGUACACGCCCAUCCGGGGUAAACUGGAUGCUAUCUGGGCUCUGUUUCGCCGCGGAUACGACCAGGUCUCCCUGAUGAGACCCCAGCCCGGUGAUCAUGGUCGAUGCAUCAACUUCACAAGAGUGAAAGAUGAGUCGGCAGCAGCCAAGGCCGCCCCUCGCACUCCGAUCCACACUCCUUCACCACCACCUCCACCACCAGACUACCGCCCCGUGACUCGCUCCCCGCCCUCGUCCCCCACCUCCACCAGCCCUCCUGCCAGAGCACCCCCGUCAGGUCAGAUGCUCCCAGGACCGCCACCGUCCCGCACGCCCCCGGGGCUCCCCUGUCCACCGCCAUCGCGUCCUCCACCCAGCCUUCGGCCCUGAAUCACACAGACAAACCCCUCCCACCCUCCCGACGCAGCCCGCUUUGAUAUCACAUUGAUAUUACCGCCCUGUUGACCAGUUCUUUCAGUUUGAAGGCUGUGGUCGUCGCUGCCAAAGGUACUCCUGCUAUAAGCCAAAGAUCAGCAGUAUGUUGAACCCCAGUCCUUCUGUCUUUUUGUAAGGGAUCGAAUGUCAAGUAAUACUGUAAGCUGGCAGCUUAAAUCAUUUUAUACGUGCUACCACCUGGGAUGCUAAAUUCUGGAGGAAGAAAAUGAUUGAAUGGCGGGGAAGCUGAAUUUUACUGACCUCACUGCUCUGUGAGUCUUUGUGCCAAAAUAAAGAGUGAGCUCCUUGUAAAAAAUCUGAGAAUGUUAUUUUCUACAGGCUGGAGUGUUUUCAGUGUUUGCUGAUGAGCAACAAAAAUGAUUUAGACUAGCAGUUUGACUUGACAUUCUGUCUCAUACAGACUAAAUGGGGUGAUUUGGGGAAAUAUUUUACUUAGCGUUUGUGAGAUAGGGAGGAUUGUUGCUGGACAGCAAAGCAUGUAGGAACAGAAGAAUACUGCAAUGGAUGAAAUUUCUUUGUUGUCUUUAUCAACUACUGAGUUAGGCCAUUGUUAUUGAGGAAUGAGGUGAAAAGAAUUUUGUAUGUGAAAAUCAGUAACUGACUUAAACUUUCAAAAGAACGGAUUGGCUUAAUUCUCCAUUGCUGUGUGACGGAUCAAAAGUUUUGUGAACUUUCUUUCAAAGCAGAUUGAAUUAGUCGUCUUCUUCAUGGUGUUAAGAAACAGAUUAAAGACAUUUGAUUAUGUUUUUUAAAAGCUUUUUCACCAUUUUGUGAUGUUUCUUUUAUUCAACGACAUGCUAAACCAACAAAUCCCAACCCUUUAAUACAGACUGAUACAGUUACAUGAUGUGUGGUCCAGUUUUUGUAUCAUUCAGUGACAGGGAAGUGUACAGAUGUUCUAUGGAAGGUAUGUUUUUACAGUAUGUUUGAGAUGUGUUUUAAAUGCCAUGUUGGUUGAUAUCUUUGAGGCUUUGGAUUUUAUCCUUAACCGCCUUUUCAUGUAGUUGAAUUUAGAUUACAGCUAUAUAUAUUUUUUGUUUUGGUAUCUGCGCACAUAGACUGCUGGGCAACUACAGUAUGUAUUUUGUUAGCAUUUCGACAUUCAAACUCAUGAAAUCGAGCAUCCAGAAAUCAGGUUCAGGUCUCUCCUCACAUUUUUUAUACACAAUCCUGAUACUGUAGUUUGAUACCAUUAUGUGUACUUUAUGUCUUCAGUCAUAUCAUCACCGGUCACAUUGCAACUGCAGGGCAGUUCAAAGAGCAUCUAAUUUAUUUUACUCCCCGAGAGAAACAGAGGAGAGUACUUGAAUAUCGACAAGGUGUCCAACCACAGACACUGUGUGCAGAAUUUAGAAACACAACCGCUAACCAGUCAAAAGUCAUAAAAGGCUUACCAGCAUUUCUCACCACCUCAGCUACACAGAAAAACAUUUUGUAGAAACUAAAAAGGAUUCAGCUGCAUUUUAUGUUGUUUUGUUAGAGAAAAACUUUGCAUGUUAGCAGCGACUGCAUGCUGAGUAGAGGACAUCACCUGCCAAAAAAAUGGACAUGAAAGAACAGAACUCCUAGAUUUUGACUUCAGGGUGUAGAAAAGAGGCUGAAACUGCUGGUAUUCCUCCUGUAUCCAGUGCCUUCUGGAACUUUUUUCUUCUUUGAUGUAUUUUUUUUUUUUUUAAUUUCAUUUAAAUGUACGUCCUUCAGUUAUGUCCUGUACCGUUGUGUUACUACAUGCAUUCGUAAUUGGCCACUGAAAAACUCCAGUUAGCUCACUGUAGUUGACACUAAUAAUGCCAAGGUCAUCAGAUCAUUGGGAUGCUUUAGUGUCAUUUCCAUCAACAAAAUGAGACAGCCACCUACUUUGCUAGAAAUCUCUGUCAUGAGAGAGCAUUAUGUGAGUUUAGUUGGUAAAGGAUCGCUGUGACAGAGACCUCUAUGAGGCCUGCUGACUUCAGGCCUGCAACAAGUGUAGAUUUAGGAAGGACUAAAAUAAUACAGUGAUCCAGCACCUUAAUUAAACAUCUGAUAGCAAAUUUUGUGGCUUUUUACACCUUUUUGUAUAAAACAGUGAGAACCAACUGCUUCAAAAUGUCCACGAUCACAAUAAAUGGAUAAUGAAAGUUUCAAACCCAUUUUUUCAUUUGAUUCAUGUUGAAGAUGCAAACUGAGCAAAGAACUGCAAAGCGUCCAUUUGCUCCUCUGUCCUGGGCUGUAACAUCGUAUCAGUGCUCUUUUGUUUAUGCAAAUUUUACCACAAUGUCAGCAUCACUGAUUGAAGUUGGAACACGUUGCAGUCAUUACUAGAAAGUUUCAAAAUUGGGGUUACACGCAGUGCCUGCUUUUUUUUUGUUUUGUUUCGGGGGUUUUUUAUGUGGCAUCACCAAGAAUGUGAUUUUUGCCUUAGAAAAGUCAACUGUUUACAGAUUCCCAAACCCAGCAGCACCACUAUGUUGUGUUUCACCGACAGCUGGUGCAGUAUCAAACUGAAGAUUUUUUUACAUCUUGCUAACUGGGUACAGUGUCACAUUCUGCUAGCUGAGGUCAGCCGUAUAAUACUCAAGAAACGCAGCAAACAUCAGUGCUUGACAGGGAACUUCUUCGGUGAUGUGAUUCACAACAUAGAUGAGACAAGACACAUUAUGUUAAUCAAGUGUUUUUUACAUGUAUAAACAGCAGUACUGAAGCAAAUAUGAAAGACGUAUAUGAUUUCCUAUUGUUGGUUGACAUGACUUUUUUAACAGUAUCAAUAAAGGUUGACUCCUAAGCUUCUA